AAAUACUGAUUAACAACUAACAAGAACACCAAACCCCACCCUUGUCUUUCCUUCAGCCGCCUUCCUAACUCCGCGUCUCCUCCUUCGUUACGGCGACGACAAUGGCGACGCUUACUCAUCAGGCCCCACGUACCCAUUUCCUCUCCGGUCUUCCCCUCCGUUCGCGGCCUCGUCCCUUCUCCGCGAGGGUCAGGAUGUCCCUCCAGGAAUCAGCGCCGUCUCUCGCCGUCGUCGGCGUCACCGGCGCCGUCGGACAGGAGUUUCUCUCCGUCCUCUCCGACAGGGAUUUCCCCUACAGCUCUAUCAAGAUGCUCGCCUCCAAACGCUCCGCUGGAAAACGUGUUGCCUUCGAUGGCCAUGAGUACACGGUGGAGGAGCUCACGGCGGAGAGCUUCGACGGCGUCGAUAUCGCGCUUUUCAGCGCAGGUGGAUCCAUAAGUAAGCAGUUUGGUCCGCUCGCGGCGGAGAAAGGCACCAUUGUCGUCGACAAUAGCUCUGCGUUUCGGAUGGUCGAUGGAGUUCCGUUGGUGAUUCCGGAGGUGAAUCCAGAGGCCAUGAAAGGGAUUAAGGUUGGGACGGGGAAAGGGGCUCUGAUUGCGAACCCUAAUUGCUCCACCAUCAUCUGCCUGAUGGCUGUGACACCUCUUCACCGUCACGCCAAGGUGAAGAGAAUGGUGGUUAGUACAUACCAAGCGGCUAGUGGUGCAGGUGCUGCUGCCAUGGAAGAGCUUGUGCAGCAGACUCGCGAGGUUCUAGCAGGGAGACCCCCAACUUGUAACAUAUUCAGGCAGCAGUAUGCUUUUAAUCUGUUUUCACAUAAUGCUCCUAUUCUCGAGAAUGGGUACAAUGAAGAGGAGAUGAAACUUGUCAAGGAGACAAGAAAGAUCUGGAAUGACUCGGAAGUACGAGUGACAGCGACAUGUAUACGUGUUCCAGUGAUGCGUGCUCAUGCAGAGAGUGUAAAUCUCCAGUUUGAGAAUCCCCUUGAUGAGAACACAGCACGGGAGCUUCUGAAAAAUGCACCUGGAGUUUACAUAAUAGACGAGCGUGCUUCAAACACCUUCCCGACUCCGCUUGAUGUAUCGAACAAAGACGAUGUUGCUGUCGGAAGGAUACGCAGAGAUGUGUCUCAGGAGGGCGAUUCCGGAUUGGACAUAUUUGUAUGCGGUGACCAAAUACGCAAAGGAGCUGCUCUCAACGCCAUCCAGAUCGCUGAGUUGCUUCUCUGAUUCAAUCUCUGGUCCUGUUCCUUUGAGAGAACCAACUGCUUGGUUUCUUCAACACUUGACCCAAGUUUUUGUGUGUGGUUUCUGAAUUUGGUCUCUUGAGCAAUUUGCUGUCUUUUUGGGGCGUUGACGGGUUUUGACCAAACCGGUUUGGUUAAUGGAUGAUGGUUGGUGUAACUCGAUCACGAGGAAAGAUGGAUAUUCUCCUUCAUUUGUCAACUACGGAGAAGGAGAAGGUGGCAGGAGUAAGAGUAAGAGUGGCUUCAGCUGAUAAUUUCUCUCACUCCCCAACUCCUUCCUCGUUAAGGUCUUUUAGGAAAAUGACCAUUGUUGCAUUCAAAAGGAGUGGGGGUCCCACAUCUGUCUGCUAUCCAUCGCCUUCUUCUUCAAGGACCUGGGAAAAUGACCCACUUUUAUCUCGAAUCUAGAAAUUGAACGCUACAUGAUGCUUUAUUGCUUACAGUUUUAGAAUGUAUCGUAUCCAGUGUUUGACUUCUCCUUUACUUAAUCUAGAAAUUGAUUAUUUCAA